AUGGAAGGCAUUUUGUGGACACGAGAUGGUCGAAGUAAACUAUUACGUGGUUGGCAUAAACGGUAUUUUGCAUUAUCAAAUGCUGGAGUGCUUCGUGAAUAUACAUCGAAUAUCAAAAAGAAGGAACUUUUGCGUCGAGAAACAUCGACAAUAAUAUCAACUAUACUAUCUCAUGAUAGUUAUGAGAUGAAUGGAAUGAUAUUACAACGUGAAAUGGAUAUUCGUGGUGCAAUUAUUAAAUCAUUACCAUUUCCAUUAGUUGGGAAACGUCAUGCAUUUCAAGUGAAGAUUGUACAAAGUGAACCAAAUAUUAAAGUAGUACUUUGUGCUCGACAAGUAAAUGAUGUUCGAUUAUGGAUAAAUGCAUUACGAUCUGCUGCUUUAAAAUUGAAGAUUCCACGAUAUCCAAGUCCAGUAGGAUGGAGUAGAGAGAGUGAUUUCUUGAAUUUUGAUCGAGUUCAAAAAAGUGAGUUUUUAGAAAUUCAGAUGCCUCAACGUACUGAUAUGGCACAAUUAAGUUCAGUAUACGAAUGA